AUGUCUAUCCUACGAGUCGUUCAGUUCAACAAUCCCCUAGACUUCAUAGAGGCCACGCAGCAGUAUGACGACUGCUUCUUGAAUUUCACUCGAGGUUUCCUCCUCGAUUACAUUGAAAACAUCCGGGCGAGACCUCAGUCUGAUUCAGAAAAGCCAGAUGUGGUGUUGUUGGCAAUUUAUAGGGAGAAUGAACUGUUGAUGUCUCUCACAAGGCAUGCAAAAGAUCGUCUAUGGGCCGUUGCGACUCCGAGCCAUGUAGACGCAUCAUGUCCAAAAGAUUCCACUGAUUUACGUCAAGGUGCACGACUUCUCGUGCAGUCACUCUUCAACAUGAUCAAUCCAUGUCUCGUGGACGACGUCAAGGGCCCAGAGGAUGCGGUUAAUGCAUUCAUCGAAGCCUGGGUCGCCAAAAUGCAAACAAUCGGUGUACGUCUCACGAUCCUGGAGCCUUUGUACAGGUCGCGGGUAUGUUACGCAACCCGCAAGACGCUCCUCCCAUCCCUAGCCACAUCAUCACAGCACCAAGUAUUGCUGGCUUCAGGGCCAGAGGAUGUAGUGAGGCUUACUCCUCUAUGCCUUGCAUUCUUGAGCGACGUACCUCGUCCUGUAACCCCAAAGGAGGCCUGCCAUUCUAUGCAGAAAGCCGUGGAGGCAGGAAGGGCGUGGAUUUGCUGUUCGGGAGAAGCAGUCGCGGGGUACAUCAUGGUGGGCCGGAUCACGCCACGCACAAUUGCGAUCCGGAGUGUGUUUGUUUCGCCAGAGCACAGGUGCAAGGGUGUUGCAGAAGCGAUGGUGCGCACCGUAACGCGGUAUUACCUUGGCCUAUCGCUUCCAGAACAAGAGCCAAAUACUAUCAUCGUUCCACGCGAGGGUAUAAAGGAAGAGGUCUGUUUAAACGUGAGUGACGCUGUGGCGAUGAGGGUGUAUCAGCGCUGUGGGUUUAUGCUGGACAAUGAUGCACGAGAUCCGGAUACCGGAAGGAUGGGGUGGUAUCGGUCAAUCUGGAGAGGUGUCAAGAUGUCUACAGCUUCUAAGUAG